CUUGUGCUAAAGAAGUUUUCAUUUGUUUGUGGAGCGGUCUACAUUUAUCACGAUGAGUUAGAAAGUUGCAGGGACCAGUUAUUUAUAUAUUGUUUUUGACUUGCUUCUUAUUAGGAAGGUAACUUUUUAUUUGUUUGAAUUGAACAAUGCCUCAGGAAAGGAAAUCAGAAAGGGUUAAAGAUAACCCAGACUAUAAAGCUUUGCAUGAGGGAAGAGAUGUUAUAACACCUACUACAGAUGUUACGAAAAUUUCAACCGCCCCCAAAUUAACUCUUACUCCCCCGCCAAAGAACCCGGAUAAAAGCGGUGAUAUUGAUCCAAUUGAACUUGAGAAAAAAGCUCUCAACGAUAAACUUAAAAGUUUGGCAACUGCUGAAAAGCGUUUGAAAGAACAGGAGGAGUUAUUUGCUUUACGCAGACAAGUUCACGAACGGGAAUUAUACAUACAAUCUCUAGAAAAAUCCGUAGCGACAGUUGCAGGUGUUUCGGAUGUUUCCAAUUCGGAUAUGGGUAUUGUCGGCGGUGCUAGGCCAAAGACGAAAUUUCCACUAAUUUCAUCAGGAUCUUCUUCUGAGGUUCAUGGUUUUCAUGGGACAGUUCUUGGAAGGAAAGGUACAACAGAGCAAGCUGACACAUCUGGAUCCAAAGAUAUCACGGUCUACAUCUUGUCAGAUUCAAUAGCUAAGAAUAUAGAGGGAAUUAAUCGUGCUGAAGUGAUUCCUUUUCCGGGGAUUAAUUUGUGCAGAUAAACGGCUAAAAUUGACAAA